AUGGGCCUGGCGAGCAGCAGGAGAGGAGACAAUCGGCAGCAGCCGCAGCAGAGCGUUUUGCAGCCGCAGCUGCUGCAGCACGAGAGAAACAAAAGCUUCAAAGACCUGCAGCACAACAGCAGCAGCAGCAGCAAACAGCAGCAAACAAUGCUGAGGUCGCUGAAGCAGCAGCAGCAACUUGAAAAGGCUGCUGCUCCGAAGACAACGACAGCCGCAGCAGCAGCUGCAGCAGCACAACUAGCAGCAGCAGCACUCCAAGCAGCAGCGGAAACAAGAGCCGAGACAGCAGCAGCAACAACAGCAGCAGCAGCAGCAGCAGCAUACUGGCAGCUGGUCGUCCUGCUGCUGCAGCAGCAAGUGAGAGACAUCGAGGCCCCUCAACUCGCUGAGUGUCUGCGGGAAGGUAAAAUCCCCGGCCUGCAGCAGCAGCAGCAGCAGCAUAGCAGCAGGAAUACAGCUAGCUGUUCAGCAGCAGCAGCACCUGCUGCGAGAGCACUGCUGCUGCAGCAGACAGCAGCAGCAGCACCCACGCCGCUGCAGCAACUGCUGCAGAGACUAUCAGCUGCACCAAGCCCUGCAGCAAACAGCAGCAGCAGCAACAACAACACGCUGUGGAGACGCCGUAAGGCAAACCCCCAGAGGCUAAAGGAGCAGCAGCAGCAGCAGCAGCAACAGCAGCAACAGCCGGUAGAUGAAGAGACAGUGCAGGAGGCAAACACCACAGACACAGCAGCAGCAGCAGCACCGGGAAAAGCAGCAGCAGCAGCACCGCGAGAAGCAGCAGCAAGAGCAGGAGCAGUACGAGGAGCCGCAGCAGCAAAAGAAGCAGCAGCAGCAGCAGCUCACGGAAGCAACAUGCAGAGACAGCACAGGAGCAAGAGACGGGCGGCAGAGCAGCAGCACAUGCUGCUGUCUUGCAGCGAAGCGGAAGCCAAGAAGGGCUUGCGUGCAUGCGCCGGUUCCGGGGCUGCAUGCGGCACAGCGAUCAGGAGAAUGAAUACCCGCAGACGAGCUCAUGCUGCGCUUCCUGCUAGCGAUGAAGCUCGUAGCGGGCUUGCAGCAGCAGCAGCAGAAACAGCUGCUGCUGCUGCAGCACCAUCUGCAGCAGCAGCAGCAACAGCACAAAGUGCGAAUAAAGCUGCUGCUCCCUGCAGAGGGUAUAGGUCUUCUCUCUCUAUGUGUGCUGCUGCUGCUGCACUGUUGGUGCUACACGCCACCAGCAGCAGCAGCAGCAACAGCAGCAGCAGCAGGAGGACGCUGUCGGAGUUGGGGGAGCAGCAGCAGCUGCAGGAGCAGCAGCAGCAACAGCAGCAGCUAUGCAGCUUUUCAAUAUCACCUCUAGCGGCUGCUGUUGCUGCACCUAUACUAACUGUACUCCUGCUGCUGGUGGGGUUGUUGUAUUUAUUGCUGCCGCCGCUGCGCUGCUCCGGAGCAGUAGCAGCAGGAGCAGCAGCUGCGGGAGCAGCAGCAGCAGAGGCAGCAGCAGCAGAAAUAGCUGCAACAGGUGCAGCAGGUGCAGCAGGAGCAGCAGAGGCAGCAGAAGCAACAGGAGCAGCAGAAGCAGCUGCAGCGGGGGGAUCCAUGAGGCUUCGAUGUCUGUUGCUGCUGCUGGGCCUUCCGGUGUCUUGGGAGGGUGCUGCUGCUGCUGCUGCUGCUGCUGCUGUUCAGUCGCUGCGCUUCUUGCUGCUGCUUUACGGUGUAUCUAUCUGUGCUGCAGCAGGGCAUACCUCUUUCUCCGCAGCACUUAAAGCAGCAGCAGCAGCGCUAGCAGCAGUUGGUAGAGCAACAGCAGCAGCUGUUGCAGCAACUACCGCUGCAGCAGCAAAGACCUGCCGCAGCCUACUCCCCCUGAGCGAUACAGCAGCAGCAGAACCAGCUACUGCAGCAGCACACGCAGCAGCAGCAGCAGCACCCGCAGCAGCAGCAGCAGCACCCGCAGCAGCACCCGCAGCAGCAAAACAUGUGAAUAUAACUGAGAGGCUUUGGUGUCUUGCUGCUGCACCCUUUCUAGAGGAGUUUGUAUUUAGGGGCGUGUUGCUGCUGCUGUUUGCUGCUGCUGGCUGCAGCAGCAGCAAGUGCGUUGUUGCUGCUGCUGUUCUUUUCUCUGUUGCACACUGCCACCCGGGGGCCCUGAAGGCAGCAGCAGCAACUCUUGCAAUAACCACUGCAGCAACAGCAAAUACACAUGAAAAGCCUGCUGCUGCUGCUGCUGCUGAUGCUGCGUACGUUCAACAGCAGCAGCAUCAAAAUCAGCAGCAACUGGAAGGGGGCCCCUCUCAAAAGAAGCAGCAGCUUCAGGGGCAGCAGGUGCAGCAGCGCCAGGUACAGCAGGAGCAGCAGUUGCAGCCGCAGUGCGCGGACUGCAGCAGCAUCUGCUGCAGCAACAGCAGCAGCAGCAGCUUGAGGGCUCAGGAAGUCGAGGCAGCAAAUUCUUUGCUGCUGCUGCUGGAAGCCCGCGAGUGGCGUGUAGACAGUGCAGCAGCAAAGAUUUCUCUGCUGCAGCUGCUGCAGCAGCAGCUGCAGCAGCUGCUGCAGCAUCAUCUGCCGCAGCUGGUUUACACAUUUGCCUUCGGUUUUAUUGCGGUGUAUGUACACCUAAAAAGCCGCUCCUUUUUGCAGCUUCUCCCUUUGCAGGAGCAACAGCUGCUGCUGCUGCAGCAGCAGCAGCAACAACAACAACAGCUGCAGCAGCUGCAGCAGCAGCAGCCGUUUGCAGUAGCCAAAGACGCAGCAGCAGCAGCCGCAGCCGCAGCAGCAGCCGCAACUGCUGCUGCAGCUGCUGCGGUUGCCUCUGCAGGGAGACUGCUGCUGCAGACUUCGCAACAGCAGUCUGUGCUGCUGCUGCUGCGGGUGGCAGCAGCAGCAGCAGCAGCAGCAGCAGCAAAGUCACUGAACAAGCGUUUCACCACGGUGCAGCUGCAACCCUCCCCGCAGCAGCAGCAGCUGCAGCUGCUGUUGCUGCUGCUGCACUAG